UGGCUUAUAGUGGGAGGAGGUCCUCUCCGCUUUGCCCUUUGCGGGAGAUGACUUUGAGCCUCCUCAAACCGCCGAAAGAAACCUGGUGUCGGGGGAGGCAACUUUGUGAGUUCGCUGCAUUGUGCACCAAUUCCCAGCGUUGUUGCGUCGCGGGGCAUGGACGCUGUCGUGUCGAGGGGGCUUGUGUUCGAUCCCCGCUUCGUGUAAAAGCCGAGCGGCAGCCUGCGACGCCUGUCCACGCCGCUCUGAGGGAACCAUAUCUGGUCAAAGUAUUCGGUGCUGCUGUCACCCAGCCGGACCGUCCGGCUAUAAAUAGCGCUGGUGGAGGUCAAUACAGUCUUGAUCUGCUGCAAAAGCUAAUAUUCUUCAGCCUUUACAACAUAUGUGAAGUUGUCCCAGCUGCUCAUCGGACAUAUUGUAUUUCUCAUUCGGAAGCCUUUACUAAGGUGUGUGGCAUCAUGUCGGUGUUGAGGAAGGAGAUGGAGAAGUACAGGGACAUCGACGAGGAUGAGCUGCUCAUGAAUCUCUCAGAGGAAGAGCUGCAGCGGUUAGAGGAUGAACUGGUGGAGCUGGACCCUGAUAAUGCACUGUUGCCUGCGGGGAUGCGUCAGAAGGACCAGACCAAGAAAGCGCCGACAGGAACGUUCCAGAGAGACGACCUGCUGGCCCACCUGGAGAAACAAGCCAAGGAACAUCCAGACAGAGAAGACCUGGUGCCCUUCACUGGAGAAAAGAGAGGGAAGGCCUGGGUACCUAAAAAGAUGGUGGACCCCAUUAUGGAGAAUGUGACCCUGGAGCCUGAGCUUGAAGAAGCGCUUGCCAGUGCGACGGAUGCUGAACUUUGUGAUAUAGCAGUGAUUCUCAACUGGUGGGCGGGGACCCAAAAGUGGAUCGCAGUGCAUUUUGGUGAUCCCUCCAUCACUCCACCACCCUUGCUCGUCAUCACCCCCUCACUUCCUCCACCUCUGCUGGAUCAUUGCUUUGGCCCUGCUGACACUCAGUAUUUUUCCAUUCCCUGGCCUUGGUGGAUGGGCGGAGCCUCUGGCACACACCUGCUUGUCAUCUUGAUUACCAUCCUGGGGAUGCACACCCUAAUGAGUAACCAGCAGUACUAUGAAGCACUGGCAAGCAGCACCAUAGUCAACAAGCAAGGCCUUAACAGUGUGAUCCAGUCCACCCAGUACAAACCAGUUCCCGAUGAGGAGCCAAACUCGACUGAUGUGGAGGACACUCUCAUAAGAAUGAAAAGGAAUGAUCCUGACCUUGUGGAGGUCAACCUCAACAACAUCAAGAAUAUUCCCAUCCCGACUUUAAAGGCGUAUGCUCAGGCUCUUAUAGAGAACACUGUGGUGGAGAGGUUCAGUAUCGUUGGAACCAGAAGCAAUGACCCUGUAGCGUUUGCCCUGGCGGAGAUGCUCAAGGUUAACACAACAUUGAAAAGCCUGAACGUUGAGUCAAACUUCAUAACAGGGACUGGAAUCUUAGCCCUCAUUGAGUCACUGCAGUACAACACGACACUAUUGGAGCUCAAGAUUGACAAUCAGAGCCAGCCAUUAGGCAAUAAGGUGGAGAUGGAGAUAGCCAGCAUGUUGGAGAAAAACACCACUUUGCUGAAGUUUGGCUACCAUUUCACCCAGCAGGGCCCACGCCUCCGAGGCUCCAACGCCAUGAUGAACAACAAUGACCUUGCUCGGGUUGUCAGGUCAGAAUCCGAUGGCUCCUUUACCCUCACUUUGUCUGUCCCCGAGCUGGAGCGGGCCUUUGGGAAAAAGUUCAAGUCAAAGACUAAGUAAACAAUGAGAAAAAGAAGGCUUGAAGGAGGACCCAUCCUCCCAAAGUGUCGGACAAAUGUGUAGGACCCACUCUCCCCCUCCCCACAUCCCUCAGCCUCCUGUUUUUGCGUUCCGCUCACCCUCUUUUAAAAGUCCACCUCGUCCCCUUGUGACCCCCAGUUGACCUCAAAGGGUCCGACAGCCUCUCCGGAUGACUUUGCACAUCAUCUCUGACAUGCAAGUGCAAUUCAGGGUUCAGAGACAACUCUUUAUGGACUUUUUUUCAGUGUCCACUACAACAUCCAGUGCAUGCAAAAAGGAGAGAUAAUUGAUCAUUGAAUGUUUAUAUGCUGGGAUUUUUGAAUUGUGCAAACAAACCAUACAGUGCUGCCAUCUAGAGUAUUUUAAUAGCAACUGUAGUGCCUUGACUUCUUGGACCGUUUCCGAAUGAUCGCUUUUGAAACAGCCUCUUUUGGGAAUCCCUAUUUAUACUGUUGUGUUGAAUUUAUUUUUAUUAUUAUUAUUAUUCAUGUGUUGUAAAUGACUUGUUUGGACAUUGCCACCCACGCGUUAUUCAGCAUUACCACGGUAGUUAGUUCCCAGCAACAACAGUCAAAUACUCAAAACAAAAGCAAUGGCAUAUAGCGUAUGAGUGAAAUAUUCCAUGUUCAUCUGGUUGUGAAUAACUUAAUUUGAAUUUUAUUUUAUUUUAUUGAUAAACUUUAACAAGCUGAAUGUUAGGGACUUUACUGUCAGACUACACUAUACAGUGGAACCUCCAAAGUAGAACAUCCCAAUGGUGGUAUAAUUUGAAGUUCAGACAAAAUAUUUGAGGAAAUUUGCUAAAAUAAAGCCGACACAUCCAAGUUUGAGUUCAUGCCUCACAGUUGAGACAUGCUUGGUUUGAAUAUGAAUCUGGUUGUCUGUCUGUAAAUACUGUAGUAUCCUGUUAUUGAUUGGCGACCGGUCCGGGGUGACCCCACCUCUCACCCAAAGUCACCUGUGGUAGGCUCCAGCUCACCCAUAAUCCUGGACAGGAUAAGAUGUCAAAGUCAGACAAAACAUAAAACUAGUGUGAUUUCACUCGAGAUUUCAGCGUAGUAAGCAUCUAUAGGAAUUACUCCAGUCCAAAUGUGUUUUUUUUUCCUCUUUGGCUUUUUUUUUUUUUUUUUGUUACCAGUGAUGGCAAAGAGGAAAAGUGUAAUGAUAAUUAUAGAAUCGGAAAUUUAACUUAGUGUGUCUUUUUGCUCAGUACAGUAUCAGAUUGAAUUUAAAUAUCACUUACAUAUAUUCAAUUCAGUUUACUAAUAAGAUUUUAAAGUGGUGCUGCAAUAGCCAUCAUGGCUAAUAACGAACAUGAACAUGAAUGGCACAUUCUUGUUGAAAAUCUUUUUUUUUUUCUAUUUCACAACCAACCACUGUUGACUGUCAGUUACUUACAGAUGAAACAAACACAAAGGUUAAGAUGUGUUCUUAUGCUGCCUGUUGACAGACAAACACACAACACUUUUUAAUUCCAGCAAUACUGGACAUAACAUGGCUAGUUGUCAAUAUCCCAAUGUAAACACCUUCCUGUACCCUCUCAAUUUUGUGCCUGCCAGGUGUCUUCAAAGGGUGAGGAGUUUGACUAGUUUUUUCAUACAGUCUUCAGGUUCUCGCUGUACUUUUUAAUCUUAACGUGUUACCCUAUCUGGUUAAUAAAGGUUUUAUGGUGAUGACAAUUUGAGCCAGGAACAAAUUAGCAGUGCUUAUUUCAUUUGUUUUUGGGGGGAAAAAAGUUCUAAAAUUAGAGCAACAAGUCAACAAGUGUCACAGAAUGGAUGGCGUUUCACUUUGGAGGUUCAAUUGUGUUUAUUAAAACAUUGAUCAUGUCAAAAACCACCUGAGUAGCUUUCGCUUCAAUUUAUUUGUGGAUGAUGUACAAAAUAUUAAUAACAAGUGGGCUGAAAAAAAGUAAUUAGAUCAUCUAUAUCGGUUGCACUUGAUUGAAAUGUGGUAAACUGAUGCAAUUUUCCUGUCUUCUCCUUGAAAAAGUACAAUGUGCAUCUGUUUAACACAUUUCAAUCAUGUGCAACCGAUGUACGUUUGAAUUACUUUUUUUCCAUGUGUGUGUAUAUUACAUGGUAACAUUAUCCACAUUAAAACCUUCAAGCUGGGAGUUCUACCAAACAUAUAUGACAGUGUUGUUGUUGUUGUUUUUUUAAAUGCAGCACAGACUUGCCUAUACUUCCAUCCAGGUCCUGUUUGUUGUUUCUUAAAGAAGUUUAAACAUGAGGUUUAAAAUGAGAUGCCUGGCAGAUGUUCACAGGUGCACAUAAACUUCUAAAAUCAAGUUUGGAAUGUUUCACAAAUAGACAAAUUUGGCCAUAGCACAAAACAAACAUGAAAUUCUGAUCAGGCAGAUGCAUUUAAUUGAGGUAAAGUUUAAAUAGAUGACGUUCAAGCCAGCUUUGAAGCAGAUGUAGAUUUAAGUGUGUCAUUGCACUGAUCCUGGUUUGAUCUUCAAAUGUUCUUUUCAGGAAACAUUGUCUUUGGUUACAAACUAGAUAGCAACAGCACUCCAUACAGUGCUGAGCAUUUGGCAGCAUUUGCAUCAGGCUGGAGAGGGAAGGGUCAGGGACAAAUAGCUUGCUUGCUGAAAUUAAAAUUAAAUAUUUAUUUCUAAUUGAAGGAUUGGGAGAAAUGGGCAGCUGAUGUCAUUUAAAACAAAUGUUAAUUAUGGGUGUAAACAUUUGUAAUUGAGUGACCCUUGCGGCCUUGUGUGUCCACCUAUCUCCAUUUUAUUGAGAUUAUUGUUUGAUUCUGAGUUUUUGUUAGCUAGUUCACAUGUUGGUGUGGAUGGUGGUUUUUGAAAUAAAUGAAAAAUACAAAAAAUAAAAUAAAAUGAGCA